CGAGGCAGCCCCGCGCGCUCUCAGCGGCACCUCUGCCGGCAGCGCCGCCGCCGUUGAAUGCAGGGCGGCGGCGGCGGCGGCGGAGGAGGAGGAGGCGGCGGAGGCAGCGGCAGCAGCAGCGCGGAGCGGAGCCGGGCUGUAAGAUGGAGGGCCUGACGCUGAGCGAGGCGGAGCAGCGCUACUACUGCGACCUCUUCUCCUACUGCGACACCGAGAGCACCAAGAAGGUGGCGUCCAACGGGCGGGUCCUGGAUCUCUUCCGCGCCGCGCAGCUGCCCAACGACGUGGUCAUGCAGAUUACGGAACUCUGUGGUGCAACAAGACUUGGCUAUUUUGGAAGAAGUCAAUUUUACAUUGCUUUGAAACUUGUUGCUGUGGCCCAGUCUGGUCUCCCUCUAAGAGUGGAAAGCUUAAAUACAGUAAAGGACCUCCCUCUUCCCAGAUUUGUUGUGUCAAAGAAUGAACAAGAAUCAAGACACACAGCCUUGUAUUCUUCAGAUGCUGAUAACUCAGCUUCAUAUUCAGGUGUGAUUCCUCCUCCACCUGGCAGGAUACAAGUCAAAAAAGGCUCUGUGAGCCAUGAUGCAGUUCAGCAACGUACAUCAACUGAUCAACAGGAGUCCACAUCUCCAGUUGUUUCACCACAGCAAUCCCCACCAACCUCUCCACAUACAUGGAGGAAGCACAACCGCCAUCCCAGCGGAGGAAAUAAUGAACGACCUCUUGCUGGACCUGGGCCUUUUUGGGCUCCAUUUAGUGAAGCACAACCAGGCUCAUCUACUUCUAGUGAUCCCAUAUGGUCUGGCCAUUCACCACCACCCCAUCAAGAAAAUUGGGUCAGUUUUGCAGAUACCCCACCAACCAGUGCUCUUUUAGCCAUGCAUCCUGCUUCUGUCCAGGACCAGACAACAGUACGAACUGUAGCAUCAGCUACAACAACAAAUGAAAUUCGUAGGCAAUCAAGUAGUUAUGAUGACCCCUGGAAAAUAACUGAUGAACAAAGGCAGUAUUAUGUUAAUCAGUUUAAAACUAUUCAACCUGAUCUAAAUGGAUUUAUACCAGGAUCUGCAGCUAAAGAAUUUUUCACUAAAUCAAAACUACCUAUUCUUGAACUUUCUCAUAUUUGGGAACUGUCAGAUUUUGAUAAAGAUGGGGCACUGACAUUGGAUGAGUUCUGUGCUGCAUUUCAUCUGGUAGUUGCUAGGAAGAAUGGGUAUGAUUUGCCAGAAAAGUUACCUGAAAGUUUAAUGCCCAAGCUGAUUGACUUAGAAGACUCAACUGAAGUUGGGGAACAGGCUGGUGAGGUAGGUUACUCCAGCUCUCCAGCAGAAGCACCUCCAAGCAAGUCUCCAUCAAUGCCAUCACUAAACCAGACCUGGCCAGAACUGAAUCAGAGCAGUGAGCAGUGGGAGACAUUUAGCGAACGCUCUUCAAGCUCACAAACUCUGACCCAAUUUGAUUCUAACAUUGCACCAGCUGAUCCUGACACUGCAAUUGUUCACCCAGUUCCAAUAAGAAUGACUCCAAGCAAAAUCCACAUGCAGGAAAUGGAGCUUAAAAGAACUGGAAGUGAUCAUACUAACCCUACUAGCCCACUACUUGUGAAACCAUCUGAUCUCCCUGAAGAAAAUAAAAUGAGUUCAUCUGUAAAAUACACAGCUGGAAGUACAGUUACAGAUGGUUACAGCAGUUCGGAUUCCUACACUUCAGAUCCAGAGCAAAUUGGAAGCACUGUAGCACGGCAACGAUCACAUUCAGGAACGUCUCCAGAUAACACUGCACCCCCGCCACCCCCUCCAAGGCCUCAUGCUUCUCAUUCUCGGUCAUCAUCUUUAGAUCUGAACAGAUCCUUUUCAGUUACCCCAGGACAGCAACAGGCUGGAGUUGUUGCCUAUCCCCCAGCAGUGCCUCCAAGACCACAGCCUUCACAGGGUGCAGGUCCUCAUGUGCAUCGCCCAGUAGAUGCUGAAGGCCUAAUAGCUCAUACCAGUACCUCACCUCAACAAAUACCAGAACAGCCAAAUUUUGCAGACUUCAGCCAGUUUGAGGCAUUUGCUGUUUCAGGUGUAAACAAAGAGGAAGAAGAUGAAAUUGAAACGCACACAGAAGUCUUGCAGGUUGAAAAGCCCUCUGAUUCUGCAAGUUGUCUUAGAGUUGCCAAAGGAGAUGGAAGAGCUGAAGACAAAACACCUGCUAAUGUCCCCACUAGUGUGGGUAAAGGCACUACCCCACUUGCUCCACCACCAAAGCCUAUUCGCAGAAGAUUAAAAUCAGAAGAUGAGCUAAGACCUGAAGCUGAGGAACUUUCACAGAAAACAGGUGUCAUAGCUGCUGUUCUUGCUUCACAGCCAUCUAUUCCUAGAUCAGUGGGAAAAGACAAGAAGGCAAUUCAGGCAUCAAUCAGGCGUAACAAGGAAACCAAUACUGUUUUGGCCAGAUUGAAUAGUGAACUGCAGCAGCAACUAAAGGAUGUUCUUGAAGAGAGGAUUUCCCUGGAAGUCCAACUGGAACAACUUCGACCUUUCUCUCACCUCUAAGCCUACUGCCGUUAACUGUGAAUUUACUAACUUUGAAAGGGGUAUUGGUUUCAAAGCCUAUUUAAAGAUCCAUGCAUCUAGCUCAGUGCACUGUAUUCUACAUUAAAUGUUGUGGUUCUGUUUUGUCAAUUUGUCCACUUUUGUAUUUAAGUAUUUUAAUUUCAGUACAGAGAAGAAAACCUUUUUCCUUGAAUGUGACACUGCCUCUCCCAUAAUUUUCUGUGGGUAUCCAUGAUAUUUGUUGGACUUGAGUUUGCAGAGUUUGUAGCCAAAAUUUCCAACUGGAAUUUUUUAGUGAUUUCUUGUUUCCCAUUGAAACAUCUUCGCAGAAGAGGAUUGGUAACCAGUUAACUUAAAACCUUAAGCCCAUGAACUCUUCUUUUGCUGUGGCAUUUUAUUGUGCCAGAAAAGAGAAAAAACUAGUAAUCUGUUGUCAGCCAAUGUUGCUUUCCAAGCUGCCAUUCACAAUCAGAAAGUUGUUCACAAUUCUAGAAAGCCUGCUUCUUUGCAAUAAACCAAUUUAUUCAGGUUGACAGUUCUUGCAGGCUGUUUGCCAUAUCAGCUUGAUUUGAGUUUCUGUUUUUGUUGCAUACAUUACAGAGUAUGUAACCACAGACUGCCAGGUGUUCACAUUUUAUCCACUCAUGAUUCUGAUUCAGCCGCCUGCAUAUAACAAUUUACGGUACAAUUGGUAAUCUAUCAAACAGGCCUUUUUCACCUUUUUUUCAGUCCUCCCUUUGUGAAAAAAAGUUGGGUGUGAAUCUCCAACAUAAUUAACUACACAUUACCUAAGCACCACCUGUAAUUGCAUGUUUCACACAUUACCUUUUAAUAACAAAUCACAUCCACCAGCCUUCACUGUAACAAAUUCUGUUGUCAAGUAAUGUGUCGAUACCUCUAUGAACUUCUAAUUCCCAGCAAAAAAGAAAUAAAAACAAAAAAUGAACAGUUUGCUUCUUAGGAAUUCUGGGAUACCUUGUCACCUUGUUUCCAGGCCUUAUUUCUCUGGCAUUUAGACAGGCUUCACUAUUAACAGAGUUCCUUGAGUGUAUCCUGCUAUUCAGGUUGAUGUACUGUAUUAGGAUUUGUUGUAUAUUGUAUGAUACACACCUUUUGAUCUCAUAUGUAAAUUUGCAUUAAUUGCUGACUAACAGCAGAUACUCUAUUUAAUGGCUUCUUCUGGCUGUGGGAUCAUAGAUGUUUAACUGCAUGGAUGUAUCUCUGCAGAAUCAGAACUAGCAAUUGUGUGAUUUUUACACCAAUAAAACAGCACAAUAUUUUAAUUUUGUUGAUUCAUCUUUGUCUGGGAAUUGAAACUCAUUCAAAUAGUGGGAAGGGUUUUAUUACGGGUCUGCAGUUAAUUUUUUGUACUUUUGUGGCAUGUAUACAAAACAGUUGUCAUAAUCCCUUGGCCAUUGCCUUCCCUCAUUUCUUAGUUUUUGGUCAGAAGUGGUCAAAUUCUCUUGGUAAUCUGUGGCUAUACUCCUUUUGUAUCCUCCUAUAAGCAAAUAUAAUGUAGUUGCAACUUCUGAAAAGCAAAUGCUAGUACUGACGUGGGUUAAAGAAAUGUGUAGUGCUUUAGUAAUCAUUUCUGGUUUGAUUUCUGUGAGAGUAUCCUCCAAGAUUAAAAGUAAAUGGGUUGCCUGUUGUCAGUCCUUAUCCUCACUGUCUCGCUUCCGUGUUUAAAUGAAAUCCUCUUAAUAUCUGCUUCCUUUAAAAAAAGGAUAGCCCAAAUCAGAUUUUUCCACUGGAUAUGACGUUUGUUAAGGUGAAAAAGUUUCUGGUUUUGUUAUCAUAUACAAAUUGGAUAAUUAUGGCUAAUUUUUAUUACUGUAACUAUUCCAACAUUUUUUUCAAAUGUCGUGGAAGUGUUGCAGGUGGCUGAUGUAUAUAAUCCAAAGCAACAGUCCCUGGUAUGAAAGACCAUGGGUGUCAUAAUUGCAUGAAAAGAACUUUCUAUUUUCAUGUUAAUGGAUUAAGAAAUGAUAGAUAAACGGGCACAAUGUUUACAUAUAAAUUGCUUGUUGACUACAUCUUGGCAAUUAGUAGAUGAAGUACAAGACUUGGACUUAUGAAAUAAGAAGUAACCACAGAAAUGCAAAAAAAAACCCUCAUACAAACAAACAAAACCUAAAAAAGCAACAACCCCGAGACUCAAAAAAAACCAAAAAACCCAAAACUUUAAAGUUGAUUAAGUAGUCAUUUCUAUUAUAACUGCCAAACAGCAAGAACAAUACUUUAAAAGUGGGAAAAGUGGGUCACUUACUAUAGUAAAAAAUGCUGAUUUCAAACCAACUAUCUUGUCCAUAGUUUAUUUUAAAGUUGAAAAUACAUUUUAAAAAUAGAACUAUUUUCAUAUUAAUAAUUUAAGUAUUAAGCCUAUGUUUAUAGCAGCAAGAUUCUUAAAUCAAAAUGUAAGAUUUUAAGCUUAAAUAUAAAGAGCCUUUUACAUUCAAAUGUGACAUGUACAUGUGAAUUUCUGUAACAUUCAUAUAUUUCUAGUAGAAUGACAGGUUAGUGUCUCAAGUGAAGAACUUAAGCAAUCUGAACAUUUUUGUCUUGGCAACAGAUCUACUUUUAAGAUUUGUUUCUCUUUGUGGAUUACUUCUAUUGUAUCAUUCAAUAAGUUUUAAACUAGUUUUUCAUGAUCAGAAGAGCUUCCAAGUGAAAAAUUACUUGUGUCUUUAGGAACAUCACUGCCAAUGAUAUUCAGAAGUUACCUCACUUAGUAAUGUAACCCAACUUCAAUCCCUUAUAAAAUUAUUCCCAUCUUCUCCAUUUGUUUGAUCUUGGUCCAGCUACUUUAUGCGUUCUCUUUUAUAAACUUAGAAUGUAAGCUCUUUGGGGCAAGGAAUUAUGUACCAUACAAGUGAUGUGUUCUCUGUGUUGCAAGUAUAAAUGUAAAAUAAAUAGUAUAGAGUGUGAUUCAUGUACCCAGCUAGGAUGGAUGGACAGCAGCAUGCAUUUGAAACACCUGCAGAACGUUUUUCUAUGGACUUUGUGAUUGGAGGAGUGCCUCUUUUCUCAUAUGAUUAGCAUUUCUGUUGUUUCUCCUCUGCUUUGGAGUUGUUUUUUCUCCAUUCAUUGUCUCAUCUUUGGACUGCAGAGAAGAUUUCCAAACUCCAAAGGUAAAAAGCUUAAAAGCUGCUUUUUUUGAGCAGCAUUUUAAGACUACCCAAUGUAAGGUAGUAUUUUCAAUUUUUUUGUACCUCACAUGCCCCUCAUUUUAUUUUCAGUUGUAUAGUACAUGAAGUAGAAGAUCCCUUAUUACUGAAAAUGUCUAAUGUGGGACAAACAAAGUUGAGGUUAUACAAAUUUAAAACUAAAGAAAAUAAACCUGCAGCCUU